AUGGCGACGCCUGGCGGAGGGCCUCCUCCACCGCCUGCAGGCCCGCCGACACAAAAAGUGAGCGACGUCAUAACGAGCUUCCGGCCUCAAAGACGCUUCAAGUCUGGCGGUCACGGCACGUCCAUUACCUCGCUCGACUUUGACGACUCGGGCGAACUCGCCAUUGUAGCCCGCGACGACGACACACUGCAAAUCUACAACUGCAAAGAAGGCAAACAUGCAAAAGAGCUCAAGAGCCAAAAAUACGGCGUCCACCUUGCGCGCUUCAGCCACCACGCCCAGAGCAUCAUCUACGCUAGCACAAAGGUCGACGAUACCAUCCGCUUCCUCUCCACCCACGAUAACUCGUACAUACGCUAUUUCAAGGGCCACACCGACACCGUUACGUCGAUUGCGCUAUGUCCGUCCAAAGACGACUUCAUCAGCUGCUCGCGGGACAACACGGUGCGGCUCUGGAACCUACAGUCGCCAAACUACGUUGGCUUGCUCAAUCUGCACGCGCCUUAUCUCGCUGCCUACGACCCAUCAGCGACCGUCAUUGCCAUUGCUUCGCCGCCGACGCAAUCUAUCCUCCUCUAUGACAUGCGAAACUACGACAAGCCGCCAUUCGCCACGUUUGACCUGCUAGAGUACGAGCAGCGCUUUAUGGGGGGACAAAAGGUGGAUUGGACAAAGAUGGAGUUCAGCAAUGACGGCAAGAGUCUAGUCGUAGCCACCAAUGGCAGUGGCCACUUCGUCCUCGAUGCCUUCUCCGGCGAUAUCUCGCAUUUUUGUUACCGCAAAGCUGGAUCCUCGGGGCGCCUACCACCCGCGUCGUCCGUCACCAAUGUCAGUGGCGCUGCACGCAACGGGGACACGCCUGCAAACGGCCAGGGCGAUGUGUGCCUCACUCCAGACGGUCAGUUUUUGAUUGGAGGUAGCGGAGAAGACGGCCUGCUGGUAUGGGAUAUAUCCAAGCCUCCUGCGCCCAAUAACAUCUUAGAGCCAAUGGAGAAGCUUCCGGGUCAAGGCAAGGGUGCUGUUGUCGGGUAUAACCCUAGGACGAACCUGCUCGCGAGUGCAGAUAAAGAUUUGUAUCUCUGGCAGCCGGACGCCGAUUUGAUGAUUUGA